AUGAAAAUUGGAGAAACGGCAAUACUCAACAGUGAGCACUUCACUCCUACCCAAUCGGCUUGCCUAAGCUUCUGGUAUUACAUGUAUGGCACACAUGUGGGUGAUCUUAACGUUUGGAUGUCAUAUCCUUCUGGAAAGCCUAGGCUGUCCUAUUGGUCUCUCAGUGGGGACCAAGGCUAUGCAUGGUUCAACGCUAAACUUGAUCUUGCAAGUGAUGAAGAAUUUAGGAUGCAACUGGAGGCUGUAUACAAAGUUGUAGGAGAACGGGGAGAUAUUGCAGUGGAUGAUUUAGACUUUGAGAUGAUAGGAUGUUCAAAUAUUGGUACUCCUGCUCCAGUAACCACUCCAAAACCCACAGCAGCUCCUGUUCUGUCUAUCUGCACCUUCGAGACAGACUUCUGUGACUUCACCCAAGCCACACCAACCUCUGUGAGAUGGUAUCGAGCCACAGGCAACCAACCGAUCUCAAACACAGGACCAACUGUAGACCAUACACAGGGAAACAUAUAUGGAUACUAUGUAUAUCUCAAGACCGAUGUUGGCAAUGCCGAUGACUUUGGUCAAUUGACCACUAGCUCAAUGACCGCUGGUCCUAAAGGCAUAUGUGCUUCCUGGUGGUAUCAUAUGAAUGGUGCUGAUAUCAAUAAGCUUGAGAUAUGGAGGGAUGGAUCAAGCAAUGUCAUGGAAUGGACCAGGGUUGGACACCAAGGACCAGACUGGAAGCAAGGCCAGAUCUAUCUCCGUGGUAGCUUUUCAGUAAUAUUCCGAGGAUAUAAGGGCGAUGGCCAAAGGGGAGCGAUAGCACUUGAUGAUAUCUCAUUUAGCAGUGGAACAUGUCCUUCACAGAGAUAUUGUGAUUUUGAGCAUGGUGAUUGGUGUGGAUUUGAUCAGGAUUACAAUGAUCAAGGAGAUUGGAAUGUAGAACCUAAUGAUUUCAGCUCCUUGGCCUUAACCUAUGGACCUGAUACAGAUCACACAUAUGGAACCAAUAUAGGUCAUUUUAUCUACGUGGACAGUAUCAAUAACAACUACAUGUCAAAAGUUCGCCUGAUCUCACCGGUCUACCCAUCAACAUUUCAACAAUGCCUUCAGCUUUGGGUAUUCAGCGAGGGCACUGAUGCACCCGACUUCACAGCGACCGUCACAAUCGGUGAUACCCCGCUUACUCAGAUCUUGAGCCUUGACAACUCUAAUUCUAGGGGCAUGUGGAUUCCAUACGAAGCAUCGUUUUCCAGUAGUUUGGACCACACUAUCAUUUUUGAGGCCACAAUUGGUUCUGAUGGAGUUUUAGCCCUGGAUGACAUCAACUUGAAUAAAGACUACUGUGCACCUCCAGGGUCAUGUGACUUUGAAUAUGACACCUGUACCUUUUAUAACUAUCCUUCUUCGGUUGGUAAUGAUCAAUUUGAUUGGCUAAGGGCUAGUGGUCCCACACCCUCUCAAAAUUCUGGUCCAGACGCAGAUCAUUCUACAGGGACAGCAGCAGGAUUCUACAUGUACAUUGACUCGGCUCCACCUCGUCAGACUGGAGAUAGCGCUAUUCUUAACUUUCCCUUUCUAACUGGUGAUAAGUGUAUAUCAUUCUGGUAUUACAUGGGCGGAGCAGACAGUUCUCUUGAUGUAAAAAUGGAUCUUUCUCUGUGGUCUAAGACAGGUCCACUCGAUAGCACAUGGAUGCAUGCUACAGUAACUGUCACUACCAAUGAUGUGGAUAUGACUUAUAGUGUUAGCCUACUAGGUACCAUAGGAACUCUUUCUCAGAGUGACAUUGCUGUUGAUGAUAUCAGUGUCUAUGAUGGCCCCUGUGCAGGGGCUACUAACCCUCCACCAUGUCAGUUUUACUGUGAUAAUGGUUUCUGUUUGAAGGAUGCUACCUUGGUCUGUAACUUCAAUGAUGAUUGCGGGGACAACAGUGAUGAGGUCAACUGUGGUUCUUGUGACUUUGAGUCUGGUUGGUGUAAUUACACAGACAAUAGUAUAGGCAGCCUAGUAUGGCUAAGAGGUCAAGGUUCAAAACACGUAGCUGACUCUGGACCAUCAAAAGAUCACACAAUCGGAACAAGCGAAGGUUACUAUCUAUACGUUGAUUCCAGUGAAAGUUCUAAAUACAGUCAAGCUUUUCUUCUCUCACCGGAGCUGAAUGAAGCAAGUCCUCGCUGUAUUCUUGACAUUUGGAUUCACGUAUAUAGAAAUGUUUAUGCAUCUGUCCACUUUCUGCUCGUUUCUGGGAUGGACCGAGCCUUUGUUUCAUAUUAUUCGAAGCUUGGAACGGGAGAAUGGUCGUUUGUUUCUGUCCCUAUAGGACGUGUUAAAGGCACUUUCCAGAUUGAAGUGAAAGCAUUCAGGGCUUAUGUUGGCGAAGGGGAUAUCGCCAUUGAUGAUAUCUCAUUCCGUGACUGUAAUUUUCCUGCGCCACCUCCAGGUGGAUGUAGUCCAGUAGAAUUUACCUGUGGGAAUGGAAACUGCAUCAACACAGACAGAUAUUGUGAUCUCACAGACGACUGUGGAGACAUGUCUGAUGAGAUCGAUUGUGACAAUUAUGAAAGCUGUGACUUUCAGACUGGUAUCUGUAAAUGGACUCAGCUGAGAACAGAUGAGGUUGAUUGGAGAAGAUGGAAAGGACUGACCAGGUCAAUUGGGACUGGUCCUGGUAGAGACCACACGACGGGUCUAGAUUCAGGUUACUACAUCUAUCUCGAAGCAAGCUUAGCAAAUUAUGGCGACAGGGCACGUCUUGCCUCAAGAACUCUUACUUCAGUGUCAGCUACAGGAUGUUACCUACGGUUCUAUUACUGUUUGUUUGGUGAGCAUAUCAACGAGCUGAAUGUUUACACGAGACAAGCGAUCAACGGCCCGUUGACACGUAUCUGGACCAGAAGUGGCGAUAUUGGAGAAUACUUCUUGAGAGCUGAUAUUGAAUUGAAAGAUAUAAGCUCCCCGAUUCAGGUUAUCAUUGAAGCUGUAGGAGGAGAUGGUGAAUACGGAGACAUAGCCAUUGAUGAUACAAGUUUCACACCGGGAUGUUCAUUCAGUAACACACCUUUGCCAACAGUGACUACCUCAGCGCCUACUGCACCUCCUGUUAAUGGUCCAACCUGUGGACCAGAUUCAUACCAAUGCAACAACGGGACUUGCUUGGAUGUUGAUCAGAGGUGCGACGGCAAGAUGGAUUGUGGAGAAUCAGAAGAUGAAACUGAUUGUGGCAACUGUGACUUUGAAUCUGAUGAGUGUGGCUGGACUGGUAUCCCCAAUGGACUUUACCUCUGGACCAGGAUUCAGGCUAGCGGUGCCCCAAGUGGGCGUGGCCCAAGUCUUGACCACACCCUUAAUAGUGGCACAGGUUACUACAUGUUUGUUGAUAGCACUUUUGGAACAUUUGGAAUGACAGCUCUCCUCCUGAGUCCACUGGUCCUUGGAAGUACUGGGUCAAGAUGUGAGAUGGAGUUCUAUUAUCACAUGCGUGGUGAGGCAGGUACGCUAACCUCUAUCCUGUAUGUUGAUAACCUUCCGGAUUCCUCUUGGAGUAUGUCAGGUGACCAGGGAAACACAUGGCACCGUGGGUCAAUUCUUGUAGGACCUAGGUUUGCUGGCCAGUAUUAUGUUCGACUUGAAGCGUCACCUGGGGUUGGUUUUGAGAACACUCAAACACCUACUGAUAUAGCUGUGGAUGAUAUCAACUUCAUGAACUGUGAUAAAUCUACAGAUCUUAACUGUGACUUUGGACCUGGUGAUUCUGAUGGAACCUUCUGUGGUUGGACACAGGGUGACGGCUCAGAUUCUCUUGAUUUUGGAUUAUUAAGGAAACCUCCAUCAGGGACUGGCUAUGCAGGUCCAUCGGCUGACCAUACUGAUGGGACAGGUUACUUCGCUGUUGUGAUUACUCAGAACCUACCUGCGGAAGGAGAUUUUGUUCGUUUAUUGUCUGGCGCCCUCAGAUCAACUGAUAAUCAACCCUCCUGUAUCUCGUUCUGGUAUCAUAUGUCCGGCCCUGCUGUUGGGUCUCUCAAUCUCAUUCAGAGAGAUACAGAUGGUAAUAAUGAAGUUAUGAUUUGGACCAAGAGAGGCAACCAAGGCAAUACAUGGGUGCUAGGUCAAAGGAACAUAAUAACGACCUCAAACUAUGAAUUGGUCCUUGAAUCAGUGUGUGGUAGUAACUGGUUCUCUGGUGAUAUCGCAAUCGAUGACAUCAUGUUUAAAGAGGGCGCUUGUCUUGAUACAGUGGAAUGUGAUUUUGAACUUGAUUUCUGUGAUUGGAAGAAUCUUGGCUCUGAAAGCGAUGAUUUUGAUUGGCUGAGAGGAACUGCUCUCUCGUCUCAAGGAAUAGGACCAGAUAUUGAUCACACAACAUUUACAAACACAGGAUAUUACCUCUAUGUUGAUACCAGUGUGAAUGGUCCAAGGACCACUGGCAUCUUACAAAGCAAGGAUUACUAUCACACUGGUCCACGAUGUGUGUCGUUCUACUAUUAUAUGAGUGGGUCUGGUCCUGGAACUCUGUCGGUCUAUAGACAGGAUGAUGGGGACCUGUUUGUUAGUCCAAGCUGGACCAAGACCGGUGACCAGGGUGAUCGAUGGAUCAGGGCAGAGCUAGAGAUCACUCCUAAUCUUGAUAAAAGCUAUAAGAUCUACAUAGAGCUUACAUCAGCAGGGAUUUCCCCCGAUAGCAGCAUGGCCAUAGAUGAUAUUAACAUUGAUGAUAGAUUCUGUUCAGGCCAAGGCUCUUGUACGUUUGAAUAUGACAUGUGUGGAUUUGACAAUGAUUAUCAGAAUGAUGAUGCCGAUUGGAUGAGAGGGAGCCGUACUACGUCUUCAUCUUUCACCGGACCUGCUGUUGAUCAUACAUUACAGACUGCAUACGGUCACUAUAUCUUUGUUGAGUCAUCAUUUAGUGAUGAAGGAUUCAAGUCUUGGUUACUUAGCGAACAUUUCUCACCGACUGGAGGUCGUUGCUUGGAGUUUUGGUAUCACAUGUAUGGUGCUGGAAUGGGAGAUCUGAAUGUUUACACGGCCACUAAGAACACGGCUCCUAAACUACUAUUCACAGAGAGUGGUAAUCAUGGGAAUAUAUGGAUACAAGGACAGGUCAAUGUGGACGCACCCACUACAUUCUGGGUAAUCUUUGAAGGAGUUGUUGGGUUCAAUUACACCAGUGAUAUUGCGUUAGAUGACAUAGCCCUACAUCCCUCCGUUUGCACCGUCACCAAGCCACCACCAACUCAACCACCUCCCCCACCUACGGCAUUACCUGACAUUCAUAAUUGUGACUUUGAGAAUGGUUUCUGUAACUGGACCCAAGAUCUCAAGGAUGACUUCAAUUGGACCAGGGCUACAGGUGAGACAGUUAGUCCAGGAACAGGACCCAGUACAGACCACACCAAGAUGGACCAAACAGGAUAUUAUGUAUAUGCCGAGUUGUCUAAUCACCAACCCGGUGAUCCAGAGCCAGGUGACAUGGCCCGUUUGAACUCUGCGGCCUUGAAGAAUGUUGAUAAGACUGGAUACUGUAUGACAUACUGGUUUCAUAUGUACGGAGAAGAUAUUGGAUCCUUCACAGUCUAUGAGAAGAAAGGAGAUGUAGAGACGGCUGUAUGGACUGAGACGAGGACCAGAGGCCCUCAUUGGAAACCAGCCCACAUUCAUUUUACAGAUACAGGAACUUACUAUAUUAUCCUUGAAGUAGUGCGUGGACCUAAUGAUAGUGGUGACAUUGCCAUAGAUGACAUUAGCUUCCAUCCCGGGGUCUGUUCUACACCAGAUUCAUGUGAUUUUGAGAAUGGAGAGUGUUUCUACAGCCAGACUACCCCUGAUCAGUUUGAUUGGGCUGUCAUACAAGCAAAUUCAAAAUCAGUUGCACCACCAAUAGACACCACAUAUAGGACUCAAUAUGGCCAUGUCUUUAUUGCUGACAUGACGAGCCUGUCUUCAAAUAAAGACGUUGGGAUUGUAGACACUGGACCAAUAGCAGCUACUACUGGAGAUGGGCAGUGCUUAUCAAUGUCAUAUUACAUGGUCAACUCUAAAUAUUGCCAAUUUAAGAUUUAUAAGGUUCAGUUAGUAUCUGGUGAGACUGAAUUGUUAUGGGAGAUGGAUGGCAUUUCACAUGAAGAUGAAUGGCACGUCAUGGAGGUCAACCUUAAUAAUACAGAUGGCUAUUUCAAGGUCCGCUUCCAAGCCUCAAGCAGAGAUCGGACGAUGAAUGCAGCUAUAUCAGUUGAUGAUAUCACCCUAAGCACUGCACCUUGUCAACCAUUUGGGUCAUGUGACUUUGAGACUGGACUCUGCUCCUGGAGAAACGAAGAGAAACUUGAUGACUUUGAUUGGAAACUCAUUCAAGGCCGAACACCGACUGACUUUACUGGUCCACCAGCCGAUCAUACAUUUGGAACACAGUAUGGUACCUACAUCUACAUAGAGUCUUCUGACAGGCAAACGAAUCAAAAAGCUAUCCUAAAGUCUGGAGAUUUCCUUGCCUCUGAGAAGCGAUGUUUAGAGUUUUAUUACUACAUGUACGGCACCUCAGUAGGAUCUCUGUACGUUCAAAGGCAGACUGAUACACAAUCAAAGUUCACCAAUCUCAAGAAACUGAGUGGAAAUAAAGGAGCAUACUGGAGACAACAAUUGCUCGCAUUAGAUGUGAUAGAUGAAGCUUAUUCCUACCAAUUGAGAUUUUAUGCUACAGUUGGGACGUCUAAUUCUGGUGAUAUAUCGCUUGACGAUAUCGCUUUCUAUGAUGGAGAAUGUCCUGCCGAACCCCCAGACUGUGAUUUCUACUGUGAAGAUCCUGACAAGACGUGUAUUCCAUACAGCAAGUUUUGUGAUUUCAUACCUCAUUGUCCAAACCAAAGAGACGAAAGUGACUGUGGAUCAUCAUGUGACUUUGAAGAGGGUACCUGUGGCUGGUGGAAUUCUGGUCACAAUGUUUAUAAGUUCAUCAGACAUCAAGGGGAUACGCCAGACUCAAACACUGGACCAGCCUUCGAUCACACCACACUUACUGCAUUCGGUUGGUAUAUGUACGUUGGCAUCACCCCUACUUCCGGUACACGAUGGGCAGUGUUUUCAUCCCGUAUGCAUCACAAUGCAGCAGCGACCUGUGAGGUUUGGUUUUGGUAUCACAUGUACGGUGAAGACAUUGGUUCUCUAGAGCUUUACAUACAGGAAGAGAAAUUCUUGAUGAGACCAUGGGUGAAGACCGGAAGCCAAGGAGACACAUGGCAUGAGGGUAUCGCAGCUCUUGGAAGGAUUCCUGGAGGAUUCAAUGUGAAGUUUCAGUCAGUACGUCAAUACACUGUGUUUGGUGAUGUAGCCAUAGAUGAUAUUAGUAUGAGACAGUGUGCAUUACCAGUUCCACAGGUGAGAGACUGUGAUAUUGAUGAAUUCCGCUGUGCUACUAAUGCCUGUAUACCAUUCAUGAGAAUAUGUGAUUUUACUGAUGAUUGCGGAGACUUUUCAGAUGAAGCUCCUGAUCUCUGCAGUACCUAUGAUAUGUGUGACUUUGAGGAUGGUACCUGUGACUGGGUUCAAGAUGCUUCAGAUGAAAUGGAGUUCAGCAGAUUAAGCGGACAGUCUGAACCUGGUGUACGUAGCGGCCCCAUCCGUGAUCACACAACUCAAUAUCUUGGGUACUACAUGGUGUUAAUAGCUGAUACUGAUGGUUAUAAGGAGAACGAUACAGCCAGACUCAUCAGCCCUGUUUACAAAUCAACUGGCCCAGACUGUAGGGCACGUAUUUGGUAUCAUAUGUAUGGCCGUGAUAUGGGAACAUUGAACAUCUACCUACGAACAAACAUUGGUGGAUACAUGACCCUGCUCUUCACCAAGAACUGGUAUUCUAAUGACUAUUGGGAACUAGCUAACCUUGCACUACUCGAUGAAGGGUCUCCUAACUUCCAAGUUGUGAUCGAGGUUGUCAGAGGCGAUGGUCCUUACGGUGAUAUAGGGAUCGAUGACACAUCAUUCACUACAGACUGCAUGCAAGUAACUGGUGGACUUCCUUCGGGUACAACAACUCCUGCGACUACAACCAUUGGUCCUUGCGGAAAGGGUAAAUGGCAGUGUGAUGACCUGACUUGUAUUGAUUCUAGUCAGUACUGUGAUUACCAAGAAGACUGUCCUGAUAAAUCAGAUGAGGCAUUCUGUGGCCCAUGUACGUUUGAAUCUGGACUGUGUGGAUGGAAUGAUGAAAGCUAUGGGCAGUAUGUAUGGGAGCAGAAACAGGCUGGGACAGAUCAGAUACCAGACAAGGAUCACAAUCUAGACUCAUCAAGUGGAUACUAUGUGAAGGUUGUUCCAGGCAAUGGUCAAUUCAGUGAGUUCUCUAGACUGUAUAGCCCUAUGCUACCACACACUGCAGUUGAAUGCAUCCUAGAUUUCUGGUUCUACUAUCAGGAGUCUAGUAAAAACGUAGAGUUCAAGCUGGAAGUGAAGGUUGGUGAUGACCCGAGUUUCACGAUCUGGAGUCCUUUGUAUACCUGGACGUCAUCUUGGAUGAAAGCUCAUGUAGGGAUAGGUAGACUGGAGGCAUCCUAUCAGCUCAUCUUUGCUGCGUUGGUGGAGUAUGAGAAUGAUACUAUAGCGAUUGACGAUAUCACCUUCACGGAUUGCAAGGCUAUAUCCUAUGUUCCAUGUGAGAUCCUGUGUGAUAACAAGCUCUGUGUACCUUACUCAGCAGAAUGUGAUUAUUCUCAGGACUGUGGGGAUGGCACUGAUGAAAACACAUGCAAUAACUAUUGGAUGUGUGACUUUGAAUCUGGUACGGUGUGUGACUGGACACAAAAUUAUGAUGAUGAAUUAGAUUGGUUCUGGCUGACUGGAUAUCAAGGAUCUCUGGACGGAGCCCCCUAUGAAGACCACACCCAUGGUAGCCCAACAGGUCAUUAUUUCUAUCUGGAUUCUGGAGAAGAUGAUCUGAAUAAGAAAGCCUUGCUGGAUGGACUGGUAUUCUCUAAACCUCAAAGUCCUGGGGAUUGUCAGAUUCGUUUCUGGGCAUUCAUGAACGGAGCCAAUGUAAAUCGUCUUAGUGUUCUAACCCAAGUAUCAACCCAUGAUGACCCACAGAGAGCUUGGACUAAGGAUAAAUCUUUGGGAGAUUUAUGGAAUAAGUUUUCAGUUCCUCUAGACAUUGGAUAUAGAUUCAAGGUAUAUUUUGAAGGCAUCGCUGGGGGUCUAGAUGAUAACAUAGCUAUUGAUGACAUCACAAUGACUCCUGGUUGUAUCAAAGAUCCUGAUCAAACCUUACCAGUCACUGUCACACCAACGGAUAGUCCACACUGUAGGGAUGGUCAGAGAGCUUGUAAUGACGGUACAUGUAUAGAUUCAGAAAAGUUCUGUAACUUUAUCUAUGAUUGUGAUGAUGCAUCAGAUGAGAUAGACUGCCCAUCUGCAUGUGAUUUUGAUCUUGACAUGUGUAUGUGGAGACAAGGAGUGAAUGAUAACUUUGAUUGGUCAAGAUUCAACAACUCGGAGGCGGAUAGUUAUGCAGGUCCCAUCUCGGACCAUUCUACAGGAAGUCCUAUGGGUAUCUACUACUAUGUUGAUGGUCUGACAAGCAGUAAGAACCAUCAUGCAACCUUGAUCAGUCCUACCUAUGGUCAAGCAGGGACGGACUGUAUAGCAUCUGUGUGGUACUACAUCUAUGGUUCCUCAUAUGGUAACCUGGAGAUCAAACGUAGAGUGGACGGUGAAGAGAGGACAUUGAUGGCUAUUGAUGAGGGCAAUGUGGUCAGUGAGGAAUGGACACAGGCCAGAAUCAGCCUUCCACCAUGUUUGUCAAACUUCAAUAUACUGAUAGAAGCAGGAAACCAGCAGUCAAUUACAGCCUCUGGUGGCUAUGCCAUUGAUGAUAUCCGCUUUGACCAUUGUGCCUUCACUGAGUAUGACCAAUCUUGUCCUACAGACUUCUAUCAAUGCAGUGAUCAACAUUGCUAUUAUCAAGAUCACAAGUGUGAUCUCAAUAAGGACUGUUGCACAGAUACCGGCAAUGGCAACGAUGAAAACAACUGCGGAUCUUACAAGCAAUGUGAUUUUGAGGGUGAUUUGUGUAGUUCAAUCUGGAGCCAUCUAGCAGCACCCGAGGAUGAUUUUGAUUGGACGAGAGUACAAGCUCUUAAGAUGAGUCAGAUUACCUUUGAUCAUACUACAGAUACAGGAAACGGAUAUUACAUGUAUAUGGAUCCACAAAACAGAGCACAGAGUGGUGACAAGACACAACUUGGCAGCUACAUUAUUCAAGCAAGCAAUACUAACUGCAAGAUGCGGUUUUUCUAUUACAUGACUGGGAUAAAUGGAGGAACACUCAACGUCUACACCCGUACUAUGGUAGGAGGCCCUCUAUUGUUGAGAUGGACUGAUGCAGUUGAUCGAGGCCUAAUGUGGAUGAAGGAGGUCAUUACUCUAAACAGUGAUGAUAUGUUUCAGGUCAUCAUAGAAGGUGUCAAAGGUCAAGGUUCAACUGGAAUCCUGGCUAUUGAUGAUACAACCUUUACUCCUGAUUGUCGUGUCUCUGGAUCUAGUCUUCCUGUCCUUACUACAGGGGUACCUACUACCACUGUGCCAACUACAUCUACCAAGCCUAGCAGUAAGCCAUCAUCACCAUCACAAACUAAUGUUAUAACUACAACUGCAGAACCUACAAAGCAGCAAGGCACUCACAGCCCACUGAAGGGUGGUACUAACACUGGUCUAGUGGCUGGUCUGUCUGCUACGGCCGUCAUCAUCGUUCUCAUUAUCCUUGUUGUAUCUGUAUUAUUCUGGCGAAGAGGAAGAAGGGGAAAAGGAGAAUUAGGAGCUCUAAGGAGUGGCCUGGAGACCCCAGGAUUCGAUAAAGACUUUGGUAAUGUUGAUUUUGCUCUACAGGAGGUUGAUACCAAUAUGUUUGGACAAUAUGAAGCUGGACCGACGUCAACAGUAAGAGGCAUUGAUAAUCCUGUAUAUUCAGCUCCAGCACAGUUACCCAUUGACGGACAUACAGAAGCUUGA